AUGACGUCCGAUAUCUAUGACUCGGACGAUGCCAUGAACCGGUCUCCGCCUCCUGUGGCUCUCCAGCCCAAGUAUGUGUCGGACGAGCCGAAACCACCCUUUGUAUCCCAUUCGGACGACGAUGCCGCAAAAGACACCAAGGGAACGCCAGGGCGUUCUCGUAAGCCGCACAUGCCGGAAACUAUGACCCAGACGGGUCACGGCGACUCGGUGCUGAUGAGCUUUCUAGACCCAGGCCGUCCGGAUAUCGCGGCGCAUGCCCGUGAUCAUCCGUAUACGGAGUGGGCUCCGAAGCAGGAUCGCGUGGAACGGGCGCAGCCGGUCAACUGGAAGCAACCCCCAACACUACCACCGCUCUCGUCAUUUGAGAAGGGGCGAGAAUAUGAUGCCUCCGCUGGAGGCAGAACUGCAGGAAUGGGCAUACGAAUCGGAGCAGGAGUCGGAGAAGGAGCGGACGGCAGGGAGAAAAAGGUCGAGAUCGACAAAAGCAUCAGCCACGACGAGAUCAAGCUCAAGCCGAUUGUGGAGAAGAAGGAAGGGCCUUUCGUAUCUGACGAUCGAAAAUGUGGGGAUCCGUUAACGUCCCCGCGGAAUCAAAUCCCCCCGCUACCGCCGCCGGCGCCGCCGUCGAUGGAUACAAUGGGGGUCAAACGCGAUUUGAACUCGCCGCCCCGACAACGUCCUCGCCUGCCUUCCAUCACAGCCCCGCCAGAUCGCAGAUUCUCGCAAGAUCGACGGUUGUCGCCUCCCUCCUUCAAACCCGAUCCCGCCAAACCCUUGCCCGACCAUCCAUUCGCUCUUCCCUCGCUGCAAUCCCUCGCCUCGCCUCCAUCGUCAUGCCCCGGCAUGUCUCCCGAAUCGGCCGGCAGCAAUCAAACGCUGCCUUCGAUCCACUCCGCGCUUGGAGGUCUUUCCCCGAAUGACUUUCCUUCGGCCCGCCUCAACGGACUCCCGCCGCCAUAUUCGUUUUCGGGCCCCGGGUCGGCUACAUCGACAGAUUCUCCCCAUGAUCGCUCACUCCCCCGAUCAUAUUUACCAUCUCAGAUCCCUCCCAGUCCAUUCUCACAUUUCUCCCCGGUGAGCGCCAAGGAUGCAUCAACUCAUCCGUCCCCGGCGUCACAACCAGCAAUCUGGCGAGCCGGGCCUCCUCCCCAUCCUCCCUCACUGCCAGCGUCGACACCCGCAGAGACCCCACAGCAUGUGGCUACCCCCUACGAGACGUCUCCGAUGACCACGAAGAGUCCCGUCACCAGCUAUCCCACACCUACGGAGCAGGUUGCCCUUACCCCGGGACCCAGUGAUAGAGCCGCUUUCAGCUCAGCUACUCCCACUAAUGGGGCGCCAACCGGCACGGGGAAUUAUAAAUGCACGCAUCCUGGCUGCACAGCACCACCGUUCCAAACUCAGUAUUUACUUAAGUAA